UUCAUGAAGCGAGAAGACGAUACGAGAAAUUCUCUUCACAGAACUGUCGUCUAGUGUUACAUCGUCUGCAGCGCAAAAGGACAUAUUAAGUCCAGUGCGGUCCUGUGGACUCGAGAGUAUUUCGUCCCCCAGAGAUGACGUCAACCACAUUUUGCUGUGUAAAAUCUGUCGUACCUUCAGAAAGAGCAAUGGCAAAUAAUACGGUACAACCCUUGUCAUUUCUUGCAACAGCGGACGCAGGUUUAGUCGAUGAAGAAACUUCAACAGUGGUAACCGAUUCCCUUCUACCUUUUAGCAUAACCUUGUUUCUUACGAGCACCAUGGCUAUUGCAGCAAAUACCUUCAUGAUCGCCUCAACAAUAAAAUCGAAGGCUCUGCGCAGGAAAAGGUCAACUCAUUUCACAGUCAACUUUCUCAUAUCCUCCGCUUCCACGGCUAUAAGUUGCUUGAACAUCGUUGGGUUAUCAUGGAUUGACAAUUCUGCGGAAGAAGACGCAAAGAUUUCGCCGUUUGUUUGGACAGUACUUUUCGGUCUUCUCUGGAACUUCGGCAUUUCACAUUAUUUCACAUCAUGCACUCUUGCUUUGACCAGACUGAUGGCAAUGAUGUGGCCAUUGAAAUACCAGAGGUUGAUGUCCAGCAAAAUCGCCGGUGUCUUGAUUAUCUUUCCAUGGAUGUUCUCGGGAUUCAUCUGCAUGCCUGCUUUCUAUGGGGUCUUGGGUAAACCAGACUCGAAGAUGCUUGAAUUCACACCAAGUUAUAAAAGAUCAGAAAAGGUCAGGGCAAUGGCUUACAUGGCCACAUCAGUCGGUGGUCCAGUGGUAAUUGCCUGCAUCGCAUAUGCUGCAAUGUUUAUUCAGGCCACCAGAUCACAGUCUGCAACCAACUCUCAUGAGUUUGGCAACCACCACCAUAUUUCUCAGUGGCAAAGCGGUUUAACGAGGGCUUUGCUUGCAAACAUCAUAAUCCAUCUAAGCUGCAAUAUACCUCAUGCCAUAAUUCAUGCAGUUGACAGCUUCAACAAGAAUCAUGUAUUCAAAGCAACAAUCCACGUCAUCUGUUCAGUGCAAUAUAUCCUGGAUCCCUUGAUGUUUUUUAUUGUUGCCCAAGAAUACAGAAAAGCAGGUCUGGAGCUUCUGAACUUCGUGUUUCGUAGAAGUCAAAGGUCGGUGCCCACAACUUCAGAAUCGAAUGGAGCGUCUCACCGCAUGAAAACGUCGGUUCUACAAAACACAUGUGACUUGUAGGGCAGUGGAGUACUAUACCACGUCUGUAAAAUAACAUGAAUAUAGAAAAAAAAUGAAAGGUUCAACCAUUAUACUCAUUAACUGAAUAAGUUUUCCUUAAGCAUCGUGAAACGAUUAAGCGUAAACCAACUGGUAAAAUUAUUUGUCGAACAAUUAUUUCAAAAUUCCUCUGGAAAAGAGCAUAAACAAAUGUUCAUCAAUGUAGAUUUUGUGAUAUUAUUUAAGAGGUGCUUUCUUUUAUUGGGAUUUCAAGGGCUAAUGCCUAUGCCAGAGGAAGAACAACUAUAUGAAUUUUCUUGCAGGAAAAGUACUAAUGAUGUAAAGAUCAGGUGAGAAAGAUAUAUCUAACAAAUGAAAGUAUUUGAUAUUAACGUUAACAAAAUCCGUAUGACUGUUUGUGUAUGGAGCAUAACGUUUUACGAAAAUAAGCUUAAAGAAAAAGAAUGUUCAUUCUUGCUGUAUUUCUUAAAUAA